AUGAAUAAUUUGAGAGAAGUCUUAGAUAUACAAUUAUCUAGUUUAGGAUCUCUACCAUUAACAGAUGAUCAGAUUCGAUCACUCAAUUUGAUUUGUGGUCCUGAACUUUUGAUAGCCAGUAUGGAAUUAAUAGAUAAAAGAUCUGUUUCGAGACUGAGAUCACCUAUGAGUGAUACGCUUUAUCAAGUAAACCGCAACACGAAAUCAUAUUUAGUUUGUAUCACUCAACGGUCCACUUGUCAAUGUUCAUCUUUCUUAAAACACGUUAUUCUUUCAUCUACUCAAAUAACUGUCUUGAGUCAUCACUUCUCUCAAUCAAUCUUCUUUUUCAUUCCGUUUUGA